AUGGCUACAUCUAGCUGCGAAGAUGCGUCAAAUGACAGCGUCAAUAUAUAUCCCACUGGAUUCAUACUCCUUAAACCCGUAGUCCAUCACUACCCCUGGGGAGUAACGGGUGAGACAUCCCUCGUCUACAGGCUCUACAGCCAGUUCAUGGACGCGAACUCUGCCUCGUCGACUCCACCUACCCUGGAGGACAGGUACGCCGAGCUCUGGCUUGGUACCCAUACUAGAGGCCCUUCAACUGUCGUUUCCCCGCAGGGCGACGAGCCACUCUCGGCACACCUCAAGAGGCUCCAGUCUCUCUCUCCGAGAGAUGGCAAGGAAUCCGAGUAUCUCGGCUUCUUGCUUAAGGUCCUGGCCAUAGACAAGCCACUUUCCAUUCAGCUUCAUCCAGAUGCGGCCAUAUCAUCGCAGUUGCUGAUUGCGGGGCACGCGUCAAUAACUGAUAACCGAGAAAAGGCCGAAGUUUGCAUCGCGCUCACGCAGUUCGAGGCACUUUACUCAUUGAAGUGGCUUAAGGAGAUAGUUUCUGAGGCACAGCAGGUGCCGGAGUUUGGAGAGUUUCUUAAGGCCUCUGGAUGUGGCGACAUUUUGGCCAUUACGGAUUUUUCGGAUUCUAAAGAGUGUUAUAGGCAAACGAUUCGUAUUGUACAGUGUAUUUUAGGUUCAGAGAACAGCGGUGAUGAGUUGUUAGCCCAGUUGACCUCAAGACUAGAGCACGCAGCUGAUGUGGGUUCGAGUCUGAGCGCGUGCGAAGAACUGCUUUUGCGUUUGCACCAAUCAUUUCCUAACGAUUCAGGCAUAUGGUUCGGACUGAUUAUGAACUACGUAAGGAUUGAACCGGGAAACGCGCUCUUUGUCCCCCCAAAUACGAUUCACUCUUACAUAUCAGGUACCUGUGUAGAGUGCAUGGCAAGUUCUGAUAAUGUUAUUCGUGGAGGCCUCACAAGGAAGCAUACAGAUCACAAGGCCGUAUUACAGUGCCUGAACCGCACGUUUAAUACUCAUUCUGUUUCUUUUAUUGAUCCAGUUCCAGUAGACAAGGAGCAAUUUAUCGUACUAUACGAGGUGCCCCACAUUUCCUGUAAUUUUUCUGUGGCCCGGAUUUGCGUACCACCUGGGGAAAGGGUCGAAUAUGUCCCCAAAUCUCAGAGUAAAUGUGCCAUUGCAAUUGUCAUUGCCUCCAAUCCUAGCGUGGAAUUUUCUGCGGUUCCUAUUAGCCCCAGGACAACCUCCCCCACCGCCGCCGAUGAGCGUUACGGGACUUUACUCGCACCCAAAUUGGGUACAGCGUUACUUAUCUACCCUGGAACAUCAAUCCGUGUCUACAAUGGUCACAACGCUUCCAUUUGUGGGGAUUCCACUGUGCCCGAAACGUUUAUGUUGCCAGACGUCAGCGCCUGGUUCGUAAUGUUUAUCGCAUACUCUAAGGGCUGCACGUGA